AUGUUGUUGGUAGUAUUCUAUCUUGUGUUGAGUGCUCUCGCGGCAGCAUGCAAGCAAGCACAAAAUUGUGUAGAGGAUAAGUGCGAAAUGAUCGGAGACACCGAAAUUUGCACUCAGUGCACAGCAGGAAAAGUCCCAAUUGAUGGAGUAUGUACAGCAGUUGGUAGUGCCGCUGGUAAAUGUACAAAGGCUGAAGGACAAGCAGUAGAUGACACUGAUAAAACAUGUGGAAAAUGCGUAGACGCAUACUUCAUGUACAAAGGCGGAUGUUAUCUGGCCGGUGCAGCUGGACCGGGUACUGGUACUAAAAUGUGCAAGCAGGCUGCUGGUGGCAAGUGUACGCAAGCUGCUGAUGCGAAGAACUACUUCAUUCCACCAGCAAAUACAGACGAUACUCAUGAUUCUGUCGUUUGGUGCGGUGAUGAAAUAGGCGUAACACUUAGUAGUACUCAGUAUAAGGGUGUUGCUAAGUGCCUAGUAUGUGAUGCUCCCGGUGGCGCUGGUGCUGCAACGUGCACAACCUGUGAAGACGGGUACUUUGGUGCUACUUGUGAAAAAUGCCAUGAAAGUUGUAGGACAUGUGAAGCUGCAGAAGAGAAUAAGUGCAAGUCGUGUACAGAUGGCUACUUCCUUGGAGCAACCAAUGGAGCCGCAGGUAAGUGCCUUAAAUGUAACUCUAAAACAGAGGAAGGCUGGCACGGAGUUGACAACUGUGCUAAGUGCACGUCAUCUAAUACGCAAAACACUCCUGCGACAUGCACUGAAUGCGUUGCAAAUUUCUAUCUAAAACCAGCUGCGGAUGCGACUCCUUCUAGUUGCGUCACAGAAACGGGGUGCGGUGACGGAUACUUCCCAACUAUUGUUGAUGAGGUCAAGAAAUGUAUCGCUUGCAGUGCAGCUACAAAUGGUGGCAUAGAUGACUGCAAAAAGUGUUCUCUCAAAACAACGUCUGCGAAGGCAGGAGUAGAGAUCGUAUGCACUGAAUGUAAUACUAAAUGGCUCAGUCCUCUAAGAGACGCAUGUUUGGAUAGCUGUCCUCCUGGAACACAUGCUGAUUCUGGCAAUAUUUGUCCUUUAUGUCAUAGUACAUGUGCAGAAUGUGAUGGUAAUGCAGGAGCCAACUUUUGUACAGUUUGUUAUCCAGGGUUUGUAUUAAAGCGCGGUGAAACUGGCAACAUGGGCAUGUGCGUUCCCGAGUGCACUGGAGAGUACGCAGAGAACUGCGAAGCUGACCAAUGCACGGCCGUUAUAGGUAGCUCCAAGUAUUGCAGCAGGUGUAAGGUUGGAUUUGCCCCAGUGGAUGGCGUCUGUGUAUCGACGGCUUCAAGAGCAGUAACUGGAUGCACAGCAGGAAACGAUGGGACAUGUACGGCCUGCACAGGUACAUAUUUCUUACAAUCUGGUGGGUGCUAUCAGUCAACAACGUAUCCUGGUAAUACCCUCUGCUCUAUCGCUGCUAGUGGAAAGUGCACAACAUGCGCCAAUGGGCAAACAGCAGAUAGCAAUUUGGGUUCUUGCCCAGCAUGUCCAGCUGGCUGCUCAAAGUGCGCAACUAGUGGUAGUCCCAAAGCAUGCUCAGAGUGUUUCCCUGGAUACUAUAAAUCUGGGGAUAGCUGCGCAAGAUGCGAUACUAAUAACAGCCAAAUUACCGGUGUCGCUAAUUGCGUAAGCUGUGCUCCUCCAUCUAAUGGUCAAGGAUCUGUCAUCUGCUACAUAACGCGACAAGAGACCGACGAUGGCACUGGCGACAACACAGGUGGAAGCACGAACAAGAGCGGCCUCUCCACGGGUGCCAUCGCGGGGAUCUCCGUGGCUGUGAUUGUUGUUGUAGGUGGCCUCGUCGGCUUCCUCUGCUGGUGGUUUAUCUGCCGUGGAAAGGCGUAG